CACUAUGUUGAUGUUUUAAUAAAGGAUCAGACUAUCCCUGUUUCUAAGUCAGUUGGUCCAUCUAUGUCUGUGGGCCUGGUAGUGAAAAAAUAUUGGAACAGCAUGCUUAAACUUGCUUCCCUCUAUCAGAAGAAAAAGUUAAUGGUGGAUGACAUUGCUAAACUACAGAAUGAUUUAAUGGAUUCCAAGGCAGAGAUUGAAAGGUUGAAGAGUUGUUCACCUACAUCUCCCAGUUCAUCUUCCACCAGCAGCAGCAUGAAAUCUGCUGUGAUUACACAGUUGCCAAUGUCUGCUACACCUACCCUUCAUUCUGCACUAAGUGGAACUCCAAGGAAUUCUGUAUCAGGUAUAGCCACGGACACUCGGAGCACUGGCUCACAGACAGUGGAAUCAGCCUUGGUACCAUGUGAUGCAUGUGCCCGCACACAAGCAACCCUUAAAAAAGUCAGCAGUUCCAUUAUCACUAUUUGCCAUAAUCAGAAUAUUCCAUCUGCUGUAAGCAGAUUUCAGGAUGUGGUGAAGGAAACCCUUGGGGAUGGAAUAAUGACAGCAACUGAUGUGGCUUACUGGGCCUCUGAGCAGAACAAAGACUUGGCACGAAUCAACAAACAUCUCACUGAACUCAUGAACAGCAUUAACCCACUGAAGGCUGAGCUACAAGCCACCGAAGAGCAGCAAAACAAAAUGAAGAAAAAGGUAGAUAAUUUUAAUAGAGAACUGGAAAAGGAGAAAGAGCAGCAGCUCUUGAAGAUAAAAGAGUUUAACAACCAAAUAGAGGAGAUUAAAAAGAACAACUCUGAGACAGUCGCAAAACUUGAGAAGGAUAAAGAGACACUCAGAAAAGGAAAUGCUACAUUGGAAGAGAAGUUAUCAGUUCUAAAGGAGGAAAUCCAGGCACAACAUGUGCUCAUUAGAGAGCUUGAGGACUCUAAGCAGAGUUUGCUGGAAGAAAUGAGAACCAAGAUGGCAGAUAGAAGUGAGGUGUUAGCUCUUGAAGAACAACUUAGACUAACAACUAAUCAAUUCGAGAGGACAAUGGAGCAAUUUAAGAUGACUAGCAAAGAACUGGAAAAGGAAAAAAUGAAAAUUAACAACAUGCUGAGACAUGAAGAGUCUCUGAAAGGUAAGAUUAAAGCUCUGCUACAGCAAGUUGAUGUAUUAGAUGAAGAACGUGUAGGGCUGAACACAAAAUUAGCCGAGUCUGAAGCUGGAAUUGAUCAAUUGGAGGAGCAGUUAAAGAGAGUCAAUGAAGAGAGAAGCAAACUACAGCACCAGCUCCAAGAACAACUGCAGCACACAGAGCACCUACAGGAAGAAAAGCAUGGUCUGGAGAAAACCAUGUUGGAGUUAAAACAUAACGUGACCCAGCUGGAAAAUCAGGUUCAACAAUAUAGAGAGCAGCAAAGGCUUCUAGUAACCUUUCCAGACUUGAACAUGCCAGAUGAAGCACAGUGUGAGAGUACAGGUGAUAUCGCACUGGACAUGGAGAAGCAGUUGCAAGCAAACAGCUUACGUAUUAAUAUCCUGGAAGAAGAGAACUCUCGAUUGAGAAACACACUCACAAUGCUGCAAAAAACUGCACAACAAGGAGUUUUGAAGGUCAUUCCACAGACAAAACUUUGGUCAUCCACAGGGCUAUCAGAAGAUGGACUAAAACCAGAUGGGAGUGAAGAGAGGAACAGGCAUAACACAAUAGGGACAACAAAAGCUACAAGAAGUGAAGAUGUAAAUAUCAGACCAGCAUCCAACCAAAGAUUCUGGAAUGAGCAAAGGGAAUCUUCCCCUCCUACCAAACAGCGAAAUGAGCCUGCAACAGAUGUCCUCAAUCCACCAGAAAUAUCUGCUAUUGGUAUUUAUACAAGGCUUAAAAAGGUUGGGGCUUUAAUGGGUAACAAACCUGUAUCUGACAAUACAAAGAAUCACCACAGAAAAUUACAUUAGGGUUAUGUAAUUAUGUUAAUAAUACUAUACAAUGGGACAGGGCUUCCCAACGUUUUUAUUCCAUGGACCCUUAUCAUUAACCAAGGGCUCCAUGGGAACCUCUGCCCUAGAGGAUAACUAGUGUAAUAUAGGUUUUUUGUUAUACUCAGGACAAAAACUUGGAAUGGAAGAAUCACUCUUUAAAAAAAAGAUUGAAGGGGAAGAAAUUGCCCAAAUUGGCUGCUGGCUAAUUGUUCAUUUCCAAUGCAGAAUAAAGGCCAUAAAUGAUUAUUCUACAUUUAUUGAAAUCCACUGCCUGCAUGCUUGGAACAUUUUAUUCCUGUGCUUCAUAACUACAACUUUUAGUGCAAUAAGAAACUGCUUUAAACAUAUAUGCCCCACAGUAAUCCACAGAAUUUUAAAAAUUGAAUCUAUGCUUGUCAAACACUAGCAAAUGGUGGGACUGAUCUAUGUUUUAAAAAUCUGUGUUCAGUUUAUCAAAUAAGAUAAAGAGCUCGGCUGCUUGUUAAUUAUAGCUGACUUUUUUUCAUUUAAUUUCAUAUAAAUACAAGAGCAGUCAAACUAAUACUUAAAGCAGCAAUGAUCUCAAAAGUGUUUCAGAUCACUGAUGAAAUAAGCUAAUACAUACUUACUGGAGUUCAAAUAUAAUACUUCAUCCAGUAGAUUUAAAUGGAAUAUAGUUUGAAUAGUUGGUUAAGACAGGAAAAUAUGAGAAUAAAGUAACCAGCUAAUAAUGCAACAUAUCCCAAGAGUGCACCUCUUACGUUCCCAGAAAACAUCCUACAUAACCAAGAAAGCUCACUGUUGCCUCUACUGUCUGAGGAGGCUGAAGAGAGCAGGACUAUGCACAUUAAUACUCACAGUCUUCUACAGAUGCAUAGUAGAAUGCAUCCUCAUGGCAGACAGGAAAACUCCACAAUGGAUAGUCAAACUGCCCAAAGCAUCACUGGCACAAGCCUGCCUGCCAUCAAGGAUGUAUAUACAGAAAAAUGUCGGAAAAGGUCAGCAAUAUCUUGAAGGAUCCCAUCCACCCUGCUCAUGGACUGUUUAUCCCACUCUACAUCAGGGAUGAGGCCAUGCAGCACACACAUCAGGACCUCCUGACUCAAAAAGUUACUUUUCCCUAGCAGUAUGUCAGAUCAACACCCUCACCCACUCACCCACCCCUCUACCACUAUUUUAUGAUUUCCUGUCAGUCACCUUAUGUACAGACAUUCCUUACGUACAUAUGGUCAAUGUAUAUAAGCUAUUUUAUGUACAGUAUUCUUUAAUCAUUAUGCUCUUUACCUUAUUGUGUUUUUUGUGCUGCAUCGUAUCUACAGUAACAAUUAUUUCAUUCUCCUUUACAUUUGUGUACUGGAAAUGUCAUUAAACAAUCUUAAAUCUUGAAUAAUGUUUAACUGCAAAACUAUUGGGUGAAUCACACAGGAUAAAGUUCUAUGAAGCAUUAAUGCAGUUGUUGACAAUUGGGCUGAAUAUCUCUGCUGUAAGUGCUUCGUGGCACUUAAUUUUAAUUUUGGUGCAUUUUAUUUCUUGCUGCCAAUUGAACUUUAUCCUACUUAGCAGAAAUAUAAAUAUCUUAAUGAAGUUCAUCCUGAGUCAAUAAAAAUCUGCAAAACUAAUUUAUCUUUACCAAAAUAUUGUGCAAUAAGCAUUGGAUGAUAAAACAAGAUUACCAUGGCUAAGUCUACUGUAUUAUACAAGGUACAACAACAAAAUGGAGAAAAUCACAAUUUAUGUCCUCUUAGUUAAAACAACUUGAAAGUAUAUAUUGUAUGAAAAAAGUUGGCUCAUGGUCCCAAACUAAAGAAACAAUUUGCUUUUGAUAUGAAAUGAUGCAACUUAAUCCUAUUUUAAAUACAGCAACUAUGCUGUACAAUGUUAAGCAAAUUAAAUCAGUAAAACUGGAGAAAGAUGUAAGUUUCAAGAAAAAUUGCUUUCCCUUUGUAGUGCUAGUUGGUGAAAAUGACCAGCUAUUUGCCACCCAAGAAGUACUCAGUGACCAAUUCGAAAACAAAUAUUCAUGCAAUCUCUUUUGACAAUUUAAUGCAAGAUUUACUGUGUUGAGUACUCUGUGGAGAGUUCAGAAUCAGGUUGAUUAUCACCAGCACGUGACAUGAAAUUUGUUAACUUAGCAGCAGCAGAUCAAUGCAAUACAUAAUCUAGCAGAGAGAAAAUAUUAAUAAAAUAAAACAUAAUAAUAAACAAGUAAAUCAGUUACGUAUAUUGAAUAGACUUUUUAAAAAUGUGCAAAAACAGAAAUACUAUAUAAUAAAGAGCAGUAGUGCCCAAAGCUUCAAUGUUCAUUUAGGAAUCAGAUGGCAGAGGGGAAGAAGCCCCCUAGACAACUGAGAACCAGUGAUAAUGGCAGAAUAACUCAGUAUUUUGUAUUUCAAUCACAUAUUCACACCAUCAAAUAUAAUUUACUCAACAUCUGAAUUACAAAAUAUUGAGUCAUUCUGUCAUUGGUUCUAAGUUGUGGAUCUUCCAACCAAUGGUACCAUACAAGUGUCUUCACCAAAUUUACAAUGGUGGUUCAAGAAGGUGACUCUUCACAUUCAAGAACCUGCAUAAUAAAUUGCUGAUGUUCUCGGCAUUGUAUAUCCCAAGGAAUUAGUGGAUGGUAGCGUGUAUGGAUUCCUUAAAAAUGAAUGCUGAGUUCCUCCAGCAUUUUGUGUGCUGCUCUGGAUUUCCAGCAUCUGCAGAAUUUCAACUUUAUAAUUUUUAAAUGGCAUUGUUUCAUUAAGUUAACAUGUAUUUGAACAGAGAUCCUAAUUUAGAACAUCUUUCUUUUAACUUGUUACUGUAUCCCAGAAAUAAAGAAUUUAGUUAGCUCAAAGCUUAGAAAUUAAAGAUAAAGAAAAUAAUUGAUUCUCUCUAUAUUUAUGUAUAAUGACAACAAAUGAAAAGAUACAUUUGAGAUUUUAUUUUAAGUUUCAUGGGACGUGUUAAUUUAAAUAAUAUUAAAGAUAUGAAGAAAUUAACACAAAUAGUCAGCAGAGCAAUAACAGAAAUGAAGUACAUAGAGAGAAAGGUACAAAAAUUACCAACUGCUCAUAAAGAUCUGACAGAACUUGGUAAAAUUAUGAAAUGUUUUCAGGGUGAAUAAUCAAACAUUUGUUCUACUGGCAAAGAAAAUCACAAAAUCUAUGGAUUUAUUUUCAUGCACAAAGUACAAACAAGAUCAAAAGCUACAGAUGGCAAAUACAUCUGGAGUGCACUAAUGUUGAGCUAACCAAUCUAUAGAGAACUGCUGACCAGCUGCAGUGCAUAGAUUAAUGCUUUGCUUAUUUCUACUAGCGUACCUGACCUCUUUUGUACAUGACUUCAGCAAAAUGUCAAUGCAAAUUAUGUAAGAUGCUAAGCUAAGGGGUGGGAGAGAUUUUUAUGUGGCCUUUCGGCUUCAUCCUCCAAGAGGACUACAACCUCAUCAUAGGCUUUGGAGGCUUGCGUGCCUCAAUGACCCGGAGAGCUAUGUCGGCUGGAGCCAGGGCCUUGUGUUUGGCUCUCGGUAGGGUCACCCAUGCCAAACAGGUCAAAGGGUGGAAGACUGGUCCACCAGUUCCAGGUUUUGGGGGGCGGGGGGGGGGGGG